GCUUCGCCGAAGGCUUCGACGCCCAAGGCUUCGACGCCCAGGGCCGCCAGCCCCAAGGCCGCAACUCCCAAGGCCUCCACGCCCAAGGCGGCUUCCACGCCCAAGGCGGCCUCCACGCCCAAGGCGGCCACGCCCAAGGCCUCGAAGCCCGACCCAAGGGCUGCCCUGGCAGCAGUGCCCGCACCUCCGGCGGCAGUGCCCGCACCUCCGGCGACGAACAGUCCGACGGUAACGAGCCCGGCGGCGGACCUCCACUUCAACGUGGUCUGCUCUAACACGGGCUUGGGAGAGCACGUCACUGUCGUGGGAUCUGUCCCGGAGCUGGGCUGCUGGGACACCGGCAAAGGCUUGCAGCUGCGCACGUCGGCCGAGAUGUUUCCAACCUGGACCGGGAAGACAAAUUUGGAGGCUGCUAAAAUCC